AGGAAACACACCGUCUGCAUAGCCCUGUCUUCCGAAUAAAAUGGACAACCAUACGUGCGGAGUAUGGACGGAUGCGGGGGAUUCAUCGUUACACCAACUUAACGGACAACACUAGAAGAGUUAUUUUAAGAUGACACGCACAGACCCGCCUGACUUACUGGUAUCAAAUGUGCAUCACAAUAUAAGAGUUAUCCCCUUUUCGUCACACUUUAAGUCUUUGCAACCCUCUGAACAAUGUGAUUCCCUAAAUUACGCAAACACACCGGAGGACAAUCAGAACAACUCGACUCAAAGGCAUUGGCGUUCUUCAAACGAUAAGUCACACCAAUACCCCAAACAUCAUCCCACGAUGGACUCCCCGUACCGCCGGGGUGCGGCCAACCCCGACGCCGCUGCCUGGAACGCCUUGGGCCGCCAACAGAGGUACCGGUUCUCCGCACCAGACAUUUUCAGCCAGCGGAUGACCCCUCAACACAUGGCGCCAGAGAUGACCCGCGAGGUGCAGGCCGUCCCGGAGCAGAAGAGAAGGACCAGAUCGAGAAGCGCCCCCCGGGUCCAGACCAACCUCACCCCUGUGUCCUUCGAGGGGCAGUCCCCCGCGGGACGGCGGGGGCGGGAGGCCCACCGGGCGCCCCGCGACCGCCACUGGCGACCGGAGGUCUCUCCCCGCCGGGACCCCUCCUACACCAGCUCCACCCGAGUCCUGAUGCACGACGUGCACUCCACCAAGCUCCAGCCUGGGAUGACUGACACCAGCAGGUAUUCCCCGCUGUACGGCGAGGAGGGCUCGCUGGAGAAACCGGCCACCAGUCCCCACGUCAGGUGUCGGGUGGACAUCAAGCCCGACGAGGCGGCGUUGCACCACCACGGACGCAAACAGACCAGCCCUCAAGUGGAGAUCCCCUGGCAGCGGUACCACAGUGGGGGCCACAGGAGCCUGACAGUGCCGCGGCAUUUCUCGUACUCGAGGACGACCACCCCCACGGACUCCUUUGUUACUGAGUGCAGACAGGCACAUCAGUAUUCUCGCAGCAUGCCAAAUAGUCACCCGCGACCCACGGAAAUCCCUUUACACAAAAUGCCUUCGGCGGGCGAACGUCACUACGGGAGGGAGCGCAGAGCUCACUCAAGUCCUAACGUGCCAACCAAUUUUUUUUACGCCGACGAGUCGGGGAGGUACGUCACGACGGCCGCGCCUCAGCCGACUCACUACUACCACGACGACCGUUACAUACCAGGGCAGUCCUUUUCCCCCAAAGUACAAUACGUACAGGAUCCAAGGACUCACAUGGUUCACGCCGUAGCAAGCAGGUCCUACUUUACCGAGGUAGACCCUUACCAGUACUCGGUGCAGGCGGUGUACCCUAAAGGCUACGCAGGGUCAGAAGCAGGGCACUACAUCAUCCAGACGCCUCCCACCAGAACGGGUUUAGCGGAGAGUCCCAGAACAUAUCAGGUCCAAACUGCCCCGCCCAGAGUUUACUAUCCCGGUGAUGUGUAUGCACUACCGCCCGAGCAUCACAUCCCAGCCAGAGCCUACUACACGGAGGGUCGAAGACACGCCCGAGUCGUCCAGCCAAAGACAGACGACUGGUACGGUUCCGAUGCAUCAGGGUAUUCCACCAACCCGGCCUCUUAUGUAUCCCAGGUAACGCCAACCAGGCAGGUUAGGCAAGAGCCGAUGUCGGCGACAUGGUAUGCCAACCCAUGCGUGGAGCCACCGAGAAUAGGCGCAGAGUCCAAAUCCUACUCAAGGUCAUGGGACAAUAUCCUCAAUUCUCGUGUGGAGAGGGAACAACCGAGUCCCGUGCAUCGCGGGCAGAGCUACGAUGACCUGCUUGACCCCAGAAAACCUGUAGCAGGCACAGAUGACAAGCCCCAACCGGUGGUGGUCAACCUCUCCAGCUCACCAAGACGCUAUGCAGCCUUGUCCAUGUCUGAUAAUUCUUUGGUCGAUAAGAGCCCGACCGAGAUGACGAACUCUGCUGCCAAUAAGCUAUGGUUUGUAACCCCUGAAAUAACAAUCACCGAUAACGACAUUCGACCGGGACUACUGAGCAAGUCAGAAGGACGCUCUGCAAGCUGGGAUAUGCUGGAUUCGAGGAAUGCUUUUGCUCAUGAGGGCUUACAGCACGACAACGUGACUUGCUUUGGGAACUUGGCUAAAGAGAAGACGCAUGACAGUGCGUCUCUUCAGCAGAGUCUCGAACAACUCGACGAGCUCCUCGCCGACCUCGUGACUGACUACAAACCGCCCAGCCGAAGAGCGAGCGAAGAUAUUCUAGAUCAACUGAAGAAACUCAUAGAUGAAGAAGAGGCUGCAUCUCUAUCUAGAAAGGCAGAACCACCGCCCUUGGACAAACAGCCCAAAUCAACAAAAAUGAAUACCGAUGCCUUUCGAGAUAUGGAGGGAGCAGACACAAUGAGGGCUGGGGACGAGUGCUCCCCUGAUCAGAGCCCGGAUGAAGAUGACACCAUGAUGUGUUCAAACAACAAAUGCAGGCGGACCGAGACCUUGUUCAACGCGUGUCUGUACUUUAAAUCCUGCCACAGCUGCUAUACCUACUACUGCUCCCGCAACUGCCGAAGGGAGGACUGGGACAUUCACAAAGAGAGCUGUGUCUAUGGACGAAUCGGCAGCAUCUGCCGCCACAUCAUCAAGCACUGCCGGGAAACAGCAGAAGUCCACAAAGCCUUCUCCCGCAUCGCCAAAGUUGGCUUCCUUUCCAGGGGACGGGGAGUUCUCUUUCUUGGUUUUCCAAACCCUGCGUCAUCCAGUAAUUUCCUGCAGUUCGGGCUGGACAGUCUUCAAAUGUCCCCGACAUACCUGUCCCUCCGCGAGCUGGACGGCUUCAAGGACAACCUCGGAGAGUACUGCGGAGAGCUCCACGAGGCCGGCAAGGAGUACGACCCAAACGAAUGUUUCCUCUUGAAUGUAUCCAUCGCUGUCGGCGAUCAACUGCCUGACGGCCCUUCGCCGCGACACCAAGCGCCGACCGUCCGUAAAUACGCCAAGGUAGCUCUGGCCUCCUUCAGCCCUGAGCGGAAGGUACACAAGAAGGAGAGUGACAUGGAGACGCUCAUCCUGACGCCGCCGCCGGGGACGGCGGACAUCGACAAGGACGGAGAGGAAGGCAGGAAAGCCCGGGAGAUCUGCUUCAUCAACAUCCAGCGAGAGCUGAGGAUCCGAGGGGUCUUCCUGCGACACGAGUAUCCCCAGGUCUAUCAGCAGCUGUGCGAGUUUGUGGAAAGUAACCGACGCUUCACACCCACUACUAUUUACCCUAUAGACAAGAGGACAGGUAAGCAGUUCUUGUGCAUGAUCAUGGCUGCGUCCGAGCCAAGGACACUGGACUGGGUGGGCACCCCCCAUCUCCUGGAUGACAUUAUUUAAGUGCACCUUUUUUUUGGAAAUAUAUAUGUUUAGAAAUACAUAUAUAUUGUUACACAUAUUUAUAUUUGAGGUAGAUUGUGAAAAUGUAGAUAAGAAUUUUGUUAUCCGAAGAUAUAUAUUUCUCUCUAUAUAGAGACGUAUAUAUAUAUCUGUAUAUGUAAAUUUAA